GUGUUUUCUCCGCUUCAGUGAAGUUCACGAUACACGUCGGCCUCGCUCCCGUCAACUAUUUAAUAAAGUCAGCGAGGGUUUUAAAAGUAUCUUAUAACCCGUCAGCCAGCUCUCACCGUGUCUCUUCAUCUGACGUUCAAUAUCAGCGCACUGCAUACGCCCAGAAAUGACCGAAAUAACCCAACCCGAGAGCUCCACGAGCAAAUCGGUUGAGCCUGGACCGGCCUCGAAAGGUUCAUCGUCACGCGGCGGGAAUCUCAUUGACGGCCCUUCUACCCUCAUAACGGAGACAACCCCGCUCCUUGCCUUGAGUCACCAGGCUGAAAUAUCCGCACCUCAACAACCGCAACCACAGGUGCCAGCGGCUGGUUCAAGCAUUCUCCGCCACAACAUCAAGAUCUUCUUCCUCCUCGGCUUGAAGCCCAAAUGCUCGACUUUCUCUCACUUCCCUACUCUCCUCCUACACUGUUCCUUCGCCCUGUCCCUCUAUCGUGCUGCGGCUUGUGACUACGGUCGGUGUACCCAUCUGACAUGGUGGAUCUUCGACUUCAUAUGGGCCUUCAUCGUCGUGGAGCUUUGGAUCUUCUUCCAAAGGGCGGUCCUUACCACCUUCCAUGAGUACCACAGUUUGUUGCAACAGGAGCGUGAGGGGGACGGCACGGAGGAAAACGAGGCACAGCUCUGUCAUGUUUGUGGCCCAACCCGCCCCCAGGGUUCCCGACUCAGUGGUUUAACGACAUCCUCCGAAGCCCUGGCCUUCUUGCGCGUCUUGAUUGCGAUGGAACUCGUUUUGUCAAUGAGAUACAGGGAGUUCCUGUUGCCUACCCUAGCCUGGCUAGGGUAUACAUGCGGGAGCUUCAAUCAUGCCAAGGGAGGGCCCAUGACACCCAGAACCUCUCAUGCUGGACCGCUGGAGAGACAUAUGUGGCGAGUGAUUGAGAUAUCGAUAUUGAACUGGCAGGCGUGGCUGAUCAUGUUGCGUAGAGAGGGUUUGGGAUGGGAUUGGCUGUGGUCAUGUGUUGCCGUCCAUGCGACCACUGGGCUAGUUUGGGAGUUGAGGGAUCAUGAGGGUGUCAACGAUGGGAGGAGAGAUGACCUCGAAACGGGCGGUUCUGGUGCUGUUGAGGCUGAUGCAGCCGUUCCAUCCCCUGUCUUUGGAUCCAGGCCACGAGACGAAGUACGAAGCGAAUCUCCGGGACAACACCAAGGCCCUGUAACCGAAGACAUCGACACUGCAGGACAUCAACAGCCAGCAGACGACUCGACUAUGACAAGGACCGUUUUCUCCGUGUAUGGCGAGCGAGGUCCCCGGUGGUUCUCGGCGCUUUGGAUCCUUUGGUGGGCUCUAAAUAUAGACACGUUCGGAUACUCCUUGGAUCAUUACCCAAGUGAUGUCACGAUUGUGAUGUUGUUUGGCCUUGGACUUGUGCUGGCAGUCCUGUUGAUCUGGACACGGAGUCGUGCCUGGAACCGGAGAGUCGCGAUGUUAUGGGUGAUGUGGUACAUUAUAUGGCUCACCAUUCCCGCAGUGCCUCGUUUCUACUUGUUCAUGAGCUCAUCUUCGUUGUUAGUGUUCUGGUUGGAGCUGUGGGAAGGUGCAGAGCGUGGUCAACCUUGGAGACGAUGGAGAAAAGAGAGACAAGGAGAGAUCAUUCUCGACGAAAUGAAGGCAAUCGGGCCAUUGCAUUCGGUGAAUGCAACCUAGCUGAGAGGAGUCUACGUGCAUUGUUUUGCCCGGGGCAUAUUGAGGCAUGAUUUUUAUUGGUGAAGGGUUCUUCGAAUCGAAAAUCACGGGGAAAAAAAGGCAGAUGCUGAUUUUUGCGCACCGAGAAAAGCUUAAGAAAUUAAAUCCAUC